AUGGGUGCUGUUUUGGGUCUUUGUUCUGCUGCUCAGCUGGCCUGUUGCUGUGGAAGUGCAGCUUGUUCUUUAUGCUGUUCAGCCUGCCCAUCAUGUGCCAACUCCACAUCAACUCGUCUCAUGUAUACCCUCAUGCUCCUACUUAUGAUGAUUGUAGCAUGCAUAACUCUAGCGCCAGGGCUGCAUGACCAGUUAAAAAAGGUACCAUUUUGUGAAAAUUCCACAGGAAUUUUACCAGGAAACUUUAAAGUUGACUGUGACCAAGCUGUUGGAUAUCUAGCAGUGUAUAGGAUUUGCUUUGCCACAUGUCUUUUCUUCAUACUUAUGGCACUUAUUAUGCUUGGAGUAAAAUCAUCCAAGGAUCCGAGAGCUGGUGUACAAAAUGGGUUCUGGGGAAUAAAAUAUCUUGUUGUUAUUGGAGGCAUUAUUGGAGCAUUCUUUAUUCCUGAAGGACAGUUUGCUUCAACAUGGAUGGUUUUUGGCAUGAUUGGUGGUUUCUGUUUUAUAAUUAUCCAACUUAUUCUUAUAAUUGAUUUUGCACAUUCUUGGGCAGAGAAGUGGGUCUCCAAUUAUGAAGAAUCCCAAUCCCGUGGUUGGUAUGCAGUUCUUCUUCUGUCUAUGUUGACAUGUUUUGCGCUAACAUUAACAGGCAUUGUACUGCUUUAUGUUUAUUAUACUAAGCCUAGUGGUUGCGAUCUCUCGAAGUUCUUCAUAUCUCUCAAUUUGAUACUUGUGGUUAUCGCAAGUGCCAUUUCCAUAUUGCCAGCAGUGCAAGAAUAUCAGCCUCGUUCUGGACUUCUACAGUCCUCAGUGGUGUCACUCUAUGUCAUGUACCUUACUUGGUCCGCGCUCUCCAAUUCUCCGAGCGAGUGUAACGCCAGUAUUUCUGACAAUAACCAGGCCUCAUUCGACAAGCAGUUGAUCAUUGGGCUAGUCAUAUGGGUUUGCAGCGUUCUUUAUUCGUGCGUCCGCACUGCAUCUUCCUCUUCUAAAAUCACUAUGUCUGAACAUAUACUAGCAAAGGAUGGCAAUGCAGGGGAAGGAGGGCUCAUUGCUAAUGAAGAGGGUGACGGCGGCGAGGCUGGCCGCGGCGAAGAGACGAAGGUAUUUGACAACGAGGGAGACGGCGUGGCCUACUCAUGGACGUUCUUCCACGUUGUCUUCGCUUUGGCCACCCUCUACAUCAUGAUGACGCUAACCAAUUGGUACAAUCCAAGCUCCCAGCUGUCGAAAGAAAAUGUUGCUUCAAUGUGGAUCAAGAUGACUUCAUCAUGGGUCUGUAUUGGACUGUAUAUAUGGACCCUAACCGCUCCUGCCAUCUUCCCUGACAGGGAUUUCAGC